GUCGGACUCAGAGCUCUCUCACACACAAACACACAGAAGCCAUCAUGACUUCCAAGAUGGUCAUCAGCCAGCCUCAGCCUGUGAUGGAGGCCAAGGAAUCUGAUGAGUGGGGAUCUGGGAUAUGUGACUGCCGUCAAGACGUGCCGGAGUGUUGCUUUGCUUUCUGGUGCUGUCCCUGCUUCGCCUGUAAAACGACCAAGAAAUACGGCCAGUGUCUGUGUCUCCCCCUGCUGGACAUGUUCGGUUUGAUCCCUCCCGUCGCCAUGUCCAUGAGGGUCUCCAUGCGGCAGCGCUACGGCAUCAAAGACACCAUGUGUAGGGACUGCCUGUUUGCGACCUUCUGCUCGCCCUGCACCUGGUGUCAGAUGUCCAGAGAGAUGAGGAGAAGAAACAUCCAAGUCGUUCUAGUCAGUGCCAAGAACACAUGAGCUCUC